AUGAACUUUGAGGACGUGGCCAUCACCUUCUCUGAGGAGGAGUGGCGGCUCCUUGAUGAGGCUCAGAGACUUCUCUACUGCAAGAUGAUGGUAGAAGCUUUUGCUCUGGUCUCAUCUGUUGUGGGCAUAAAACGGAUGAUGAGGAGGCACAAUUAUGAUCUCAGUAUCCACAAGAGAGUUCACACUGGAGAAAUACCAUAUGAGUGUAGUGACUGUGGGAAGUCCUUCAGCAGUAGCUCGACUCUCAUUCGACACCACAGAGUUCACACUGGAGAAAAACCAUAUGAGUGUAUUGACUGUGGGAAGUCCUUCAGCAAUAGGUCUAAUCUCAUUCGACACCACAGAGUUCACACUGGAGAAAAACCUUACAAAUGUAGUGAAUGUGGAAAAUCAUUUAGGAGCAAUCAAAACCUCUUUACCCACAAGAGAGUUCACACUGGGGAAAAACCAUAUGAGUGUAGUGACUGUGGGAAAUCCUUCAGCAGUAGCUCGACUCUCAUUCAACACCACAGAGUUCACACUGGAGAAAAACCAUAUAACUGUAGUGAAUGUGAAAAAUCAUUUAGGCGCAAUUAUCAGCUCUGUAUCCACAAGAGAGUUCACACUGGAGAAAAACUAUAUGAGUGUAGUGACUGUGGGAAGUACUUCAGCAGUAGCUCGACUCUCAUUCAACACCACAGAGUUCACACUGGAGAAAAACCAUAUAACUGUAGUGAAUGUGGGAAAUCAUUUAGCAAUAGGUCUAAUCUCAUUCGACACCACAGAGUUCACACUGGAGAAAAACCUUACAAAUGUAGUGAAUGUGGAAAAUCAUUUGGGAGCAAUCGAGACCUCUUUACCCACAAGAGAGUUCACACUGGAGAAAAACCAUAUAACUGUAGUGAAUGUGGGAAAUCAUUUAGGCGCAAUUAUGAGCUCUGUAUCCACAAGAGAGUUCACACUGGAGAAAAACCUUAUAGGUGUAGUGAAUGUGGAAAAUCAUUCAGGCAAAAUUCCAAUCUCAUGCAACACCAGAGAAUGCACACUGGAGAAAAGCCGUAUGAGUGUAGUGACUGUGGGAAGUCCUUCUGCAGCAGCUCGACUCUCAUUCAACACCACAGAGUUCACACCGGAGAAAAACCAUAUGAGUGUAGUGAUUGCGGGAAGUCCUUCAGUAAUAGCUCUAACCUCACUGUACACCACAGAGUUCACACUGGAGAAAAACCUUAUGAGUGUAGUCAAUGUGGGAAAUCUUUUAGGCGGAAAAGUCACCUCAUUAUCCACCACAAAGUUCAUAUUGAAAAAAAAGCCAUAUGA